ACGUUUUUAACGUCUUGGAUCACAAUUCCAUUUGAAGGAGUUGAGUGUUUUCCUUUCUGACAACGGAUAUGAAAAUGGUAAUUAUCAGAGGCCUUCAAACAAACAAAAGAUUUUAAAUGCAGAUGUUUUAUUUUCUCUCGAUAUUUUCAACUCCUAAGGUAAAUUUGCUUUGUAAAAUGUUUACAGACGAAAGCAAAACAGAACUGGGUAUUGUCCUUUCUUGCAGUUAAUUCGAGAAUAGAUUCACUGACUUUCUUUCUAUGUUUAUUUAUCAGUAUGGAUGCUCGAAUAAUUAUACAAUUUUCUUUCGUGUCUUCGUUUACGUGUGUAUAACGAUGCACAACACAGAAGGAAAACGAUGUUUUGAAGGUAAACCAUGCAUCAAAGAACAUUCAAAUUUGCAUUAAUUCACAAAAGGCGUAUUGCAAAAGGUCCUACAUUGCAGCCGCUUAUUAAAAUUGUCGCCAUUCUCUUAUUGUGUAGGAGCCAAAUUGGACAACCCCCACCAAAAAGGAAUCAAUUCUGAUUAUAAUUGUCCUCCCCGCCGGCUGUGUACAUGAAUACAUUUUCGCGGUCUCCAAGGGAAGUUAAGGUGUGAAAGACUUCUUUUUGGAAUAAAUUAGAUAGCCACAGAAUAAACAUCCGGAAUCUUGGAGUCUUGCAGACCAUAGCGCAAAUCUUCAAUGGUACGUUUUCCUUCAAGAUUCGUAUCAAAGAAGCUGUAGUCUUGAAACUGUACUUCAUGGUUGAUGUCAACAGCAGAUUUAGUGUUUUCCAUUAUAUAGAUUCCCCGUCAAGUGCCUUCUCAGCGCGAGACCUGCUUCUCUGUUAAACUUUAACAAGAUUGUGGGUUUUGCUACACAGGAAAACAGUCGAAACGGCUCUCAACCAUCCUGGCCUUUUAUUUCUACUUUUGGUAUGAGCGCCCCCUGCAGGUUUGAUGAAACAAGGUAGCAAAACUUGUUCUCUCAGGAGAUUGAAAAGUGUGAAACUUUCAGUUUUGUUUCAUUUGUUGAAAGACUUGAAACGGAAGAUAAAUUUUGUAUGCGUCAAAGGCAGUGAGUAUUGUUGUUGGUGGUGUUAAAAACUGAAAGGAUUAAUCAGCUCGUCUAUAACAUUGUGCCACCGUUUAACACCUUGAUUAUUUACUGGUUGAACAAUAUCACUCCGCCCCGCCAGAGCGGCGUAGUUUCCAUAACAGCCUUCUUCGUUUGUCGAUGUACGUGUGGCUUUCGGGAAAAGAAAAACACCACUGAGACUCUCAAGCGUCUUGGUUCUCUUUACUCUUGAUCUGCGCUGAUUUUGAUUACGGUUGGCCACCGUGCUGUGAAAGUUCUCCGCACCAAUUCACGAUACUCUAAGCUUUGACACCCGCGAGUUUCAGUAGCAGCAACCCUGGCGGCGAACCUUGCACCGGCCAUGGGCGAUAACCUAGCUCUUGUUGUAACGUUCAUCUUCUUGUCAAGUUUAAUCAUCGCUGCUAACUUGACAGUUAGUAUUAUAGUUUACCAGCGUAAGAGCAUGCGGACGUACACAAACGGGUUUGUUGUAUCGCUUGCAUUUAGCGAUCUGUUGAUUGGAAGUGUCUUAAUUCCCGCGGCGCUUGUUUCUCUAGCUUCACCCGCCAUGGACUACUUAGUUUCCAUCACGCUUCUCUCUGGUGUCUUUAACCUGGCAGCUGUGACUUUCGAUCGUUAUGUGUCCGUGUUAAAAGCCCUGGAGUACGAAAACAUCAUGAGAAGGAACUUUACGAGAAUGAUUAUUGCAAGUUGGUUGCUGGCAAUCUUCAUAUCUUUAAUCCCUCUGAUAUGGAACACAGACACCAAUAUGCUUGUGCACAAAAUCUAUGUCCUUAGCGUGAGCGCGCUGUGCGUUUUGUUGCCGUUCGCGUUUAUCUUUGCAGGCUACUUCAAAAUAUUUCAGCAAGUGAAAAGAAGCGUUAAACGCGAGAAAGCCAUCACCGCUUCUGUGAGAAAAACGCUAGACCGAAAAAACAAGAAUUCUUCGGAAGCAAAGCUUGCGCAGGUCUUUGUAAUAGUAGCUGUUAUGUUUGGUCUUAGCUGGCUUCCAGUGCAGUACAUGACCAUCGUGCACGAAAUCGGACGUCCCGACCUGAUUCCCAACGAUCUUAGUAUCGUUUCUCUGUUUACAAUCGCUCUGGGAUCACUUGUUAAUCCAGUUGUAUAUUCAUUUCUGAAGCCAGACUUUCGCAAAGCCAUACGACAUAUCUUCCAUCGCCGAAAGCGUUUUGCCGGCAACGGUUCCGCAGCUGCGAGUCUCAAAUCGACCACGACUUCGAGCUUUAGAUCACGUUUUACUUUUACAAGGAACACCGCCAGCACUCGUGUUUAAUAAACAUCAAACCACAGGACUAAUAACAUGUUCAACAAAGUUGAACAGUUCACUUUUAACAACUUCGAAAAGGUAGUAUGUGUGUGGCAAACACUGUUUGAGUUAAUAAAAACGGCCUCCUUUUCGACAACUUUUGUUUACGUCUAUUUAAAACGAAAAGCUCGUCAUAAUAUUAAAACGAAAAAAAAGGUAUAGCCCCGGGAGUCCAAUAUGGUGCCUUAUUCACCUGUUUACUGCAUGUGCUAAUCGAAUUAUUCCCUUUCGCAAUAAUUUAAAGUUUGCCUAUUUUGGCCUCAAGCGCCACUAUCUCUGCUCGCUUGAUUGGCGCGGGCGUUUGAAGAUAAACGAUUUUAAAAGUCUUCUCGUCCAAAGCUACAUUGAAAGCACAAAUGCAGGAUUACUUUAUGAAAAGAGAUAGCCUUCGCUAAUCAGCUGAAAUAAACGUUUUAAGGACUAUUACGAUGAGUUAUGGAGCUUCUUCACUUUCUGUUCGGAUGUAUUAUUUCUUAAUUUGUUUACCAUGAAACGUUUUAUUGUUUACACAGGGAAUUGACCGAUUAUUUUGUAUUAGAUUUCUGUGUGUCAACUCCAAAUCGUGACAAUUUGGUUGUGGGUAUAAAACAUAAAUAUAUUUUUAAGUUAUUUUCGGAAGUAUUUCUUUCAUGCCCCGAGCAACAUAACAGCUAUGAACAUUGAAGGGACGAGGCAGCUGAUAAAUAUAUUUUUUAUUGCGCUGGCAUUGUACUAGCUCGUUCAUGUUCUUCUCCAGUGUGCCACCUCGCUAGUAACUUCCAUUUAAUUACUACAUGCUAUCAAAAUUUAGAUUUACACAGUCACGGCGAAACUCUGUUAUUUCGGCUGCUCAAAGCGAUACAGACCAUAUCUACCGCGCGGGCUUUAUGAUAAACUUACUGACUGAGAACCCGUUGAACAGGUGUUUUAUUUUUUUAUUUUUAUUUUUUUUCGUUUUAUUUUUUUUUUUUCUUGGUUAAAUUCUCGGCCUUAUAUACUCGCACUGCAUUUCAGUAUUUAACUAACAGUAGCCAAGGUUCUGUUAGCACGAAUUUUUCAGGAAUAAAGCUCAAUUCGCUUUAAAAGGCGUUAUCUUAUAAUUAACCCAUGAUUCUGCCUUGAUCAGUGACUAUUCGUUGGAAACAAUUACUGCAAUGAGGCUUUUAACGAGGAUUUCAUGAACUUAGCAUAUUUAUGGCCGACCACUCCACUCGCCUUACUCUUUCCUGUUUGCCGGAAAUUAAAGUUUCAGUGUUUGAAAUGGAAGACGGUAUUCAUGCAUGACCAUUUGUUAUUCCUAGCCAAUUGUCCACAGUCAAUCAGUUACUCUUUCGAUCGAUAUUCUUGGUUUUCCCCUCCGAGGGGCAGCAACAUGGCGUCUCCAUACAAAGCUCUAUAAAUUUAUUUGGGUGAAACACUUCUCCGAAUAACUCGCGAAUAAAAAACAGCAGAGACCUAAUUUUUGCGAGGUUGUUUACAUAUCAAUCAUCUAUCAUAGUUACGAUUUUUAGUUUUGAUCAUAUGACCGGUGAAAAACUGAGAAUUGAUAAGAGAUUUUUCUGCGACUACUUCGCGAUUUUUUUCGCGAUUUUUAAAGUUUGGGAUCUACAGUAUUCGUCUUAUUACUCAUUUGUAUCGUCGGUACAGUACGGAUCGAGCGUAGCGAGGACUAUUGUUAAAAGGCCAAGGACAAAUAUUCUUCCAUUACGGUCUCGAAAAGGCUUGGUUUAUUAUAGGAAGUUUAUUACACGACUUAACGAUUAACAAAAGAUGUAGGGAUGACGAUAUGAUUGAUCAUUGCAGUUACACACAACUUAAGCAGUUGUGAAAUUAAAGCCUGAAAAAAUUCGGGCUUGA